UUUAUAAUGAUAUAAAAAUCGGACAAAAGCACAUUUUCAUGAUAUAAAAUUUUAACUGCAACUAACAGUUAUUUCAUUAUAGAUGCAAUAUUUUGAUGCAUUGGUUUAGAAAAUGUAAGAGAAUAGUAAAACAUGUCCAUCACAGUUUCAUAGAGCCAGCUGUGACAUAUUUGAAAUGCAUGUGUCGUUCUACCAAUGGUCCAAACCCAAAUAUAUAAAAUCAUAAAAACAUUUCUACUAAUAAACUUUAAUAUAUUUACAUUUGAGAAGCUGGAUCCAGAGACCUUUGUUUAAAAAUGACAUAAAUUAUCAAAAGUGUUGGCAGUACAUGUUUUGUUUACCAGCCAAUCAAUUAGUUGACUAAUCAUUACAUCUCUAUUUAAAAUGUUGUCCAACUGUGCAAUAUAAGAACGUGCACAGACAUUGAAUAAUCAGUCAAUGAAAACUUUGUGAAUAAUGUUUAUGAAAGUUUUCUGUCAUGGUAUUUGUGUGUGUUUGAAUGUCUCUGCACACGUCUUAAAAGGUUAUUGAAAGUAUUGGCAGAACAUUUAUGUUAUUGUUCUUCUCCCUUCUUAUUUCCGAUCACAGAAUGUUUCUUAUUUUGUCACAGAUCACAUCUUAAUAUUUUGUUUAAAAUGGAAUUGAAUGAAAUAACAAGAUUGUUGUCAGUUAACAUUCCUUAAUACACAAAUAUAGGAAUUGAUUAAGCAUUUCAGCACUAACUCAAAACAGAAUAACUUUUUGUUCACAGGAAUAAAAAACCUUUCACAGCUUUCUUUCGUGUCACAGGUCAGAGAAAUAUGCCUAAGCUGGAGACUUUGCUGGAAGAUGGCCUCAGAUCAGAGUUAAUGCUCAAGCAGCAGCUGAAGGUGCUGAGUGAGGCCCUCAGGCAGCAGCUGCAGGAGACCGAGAAGAGACAGAAAGAGGAGCUUGAGAGGAGGAUUCAUCAGAACUCUUUACUGUCAACAGAUGUCGACCGAGAGUCCGGUGAUAUAAUUGAACUGAAGCAUCAGGCCAAAUAUGUGGGAAUGAGGAGAUCCACCUCUACAUCUGCCCUGGCCUCAGACAAAGAGACUUUGAAGCAUCCCAGACAAUCAUUUUCUCCACCCAGGGUGUCUUCAAACUGGAAGAACUGUUCAGUCAGGGUUUCCACGCUGACUCCUGCUGGGACUCGACAGUGUGGGCGGUCUAUUUUAUCUAGAACAACACAGGUAAUCAAAGAGGAAGAGGCUGAGGCUGAGUGUCAGAGGAAGUUCUGCGCUCUCCCAGUGCCCAACCAUGUCAUUCAGCCCCUCUAUCAGGAGAUGAUGGAGCUGAGAGAGAAGGAGAGGAGGCAGGGCCAUGAGCAGAGGAGGGACUUUUUGCUCUCCAUUCAAAGACCUUUCAGCUUCCAGGAGAAAGAACAGGAGAAAAGGGAGAAGCUGAUAGAAAUGUUAAAACAAGUCUCACAUGAUCAGAAAAACAAGGCUGCUACUGUUAGGAAACCUCCUCACAAAGAUGUAAAAGACUUGUCAGAUUCUGAGCUGAAAGACCAGGAGCUUUGCAGACAAGUCCCCACUCAGACAACAGGGCGACAUGAGAGUCUUACUGUGUCAAGCAGCCUGAAACUUCGCACAGCUGAGCGCACCAGGAGAGAAAAGUUGGGCUUCCUGGAUGAGAGACCCAGCUUCCAGCCUAAAAUCAUCCAGCGGGUCCCUGAUUUCAGCAGGCUGCACAAAGCCUUGCAGACAGAGGCGCUGAGGAAAACACAGAGUAAAGAUGUGAUACAAUGUCAGCCCUUCCAUCUGAGGACAUCAGCUCUCCCUGCGAGGCAAAGUAGGGUGAGCCCUGAAAAAUCACAGGUACCAAAGAUAAGUAAGCUCAGCAGAAGCAAGUCACUUGGGGCCUUAACAUCACUGUCCGCAGACACACUCCCCACAUACAUCACAGAUGCUGCGAGGAAGCGCUGCAUGGCCAUCAGAAAGUCAAUGGAGAUAAGGGAUAGCAAGAAUCAAGAGAGUGCCGACUGGUUGAGGAAAUACCAAAUGAGGUCGCAGGCCAUGAAGAAGACAAUCACACUCCAUGCCAAACUGCUGGACCCACACGGCAGCUUGAAAGAAGUGUAUAAUGACAAAUUACAGCACCAUCGGGAGGCCGACCAGCAGAGGAUGAGAGAGUACAUGAGGGAGUUACGGGAUAUGAAGGCACGAGUCAGCGAACGGCCCUAUCUGUUCGAACAGGUGAAGCAGAAAAAUGCAAAGGCUCACGCAGAGCAGACCUACAGGAACAAGCUGAAGAAAGCCGGCUUAAAGGAGCAAUUUGUUGAAGAAAAUGGAGAAGCAGUUGAAGGAGCGUCAACUUCAUCCAGAUCUGUGCAGGAUACAGAUGAGAAAUGCAGCACUGACAGUGACAUUCCCAGCAGGGAAGAAAAUGUAGACGACGGGAGGAAAAUUGAAGAUGUGGAAGAGAAGAGCGUGAAGUCCAAAGGGGAAGAAAUGCCAUGAUCAAAAAGGUUCAGGCGGCUUAUAUGUUUUAUGGCCUGUCCGCUAGAAAACAACACUGACCUCAAAAAUGAUUCAUGUCCUGGCUAACUAUCCGUACCGAGCAUUUGGUAGUUUAGGAUGUGCAUGACAAAAGAUCUAGACUUUCCAAUCACAAAUGUUAGGGAUUCCUACUGGAGGAAAAUACAAGUUUAUACUACUGUAUAUGUUUUUAAGUAAUUCAUCUU